AUGUCAGCCUUCAUGGAGCACUAUGAGUUCAUGAAGGUCAUCGGGCGUGGUGGGUAUGGCCAGGUGAGCCUAGCCCUCCAUCGCCUCUCAGGGGCACAGGUGGCAGUGAAAACCAUGGCGCUGGAAGUGGAGAACAUUCCGGCCUUCAACGAACCCAAGAUAAUGAUGAGUCUGGAGCACCCCAACGUGGUCCAGCUGUUUCACGUGAUUGGCACCGAGAGCACCAUCUACAUGGUGAUGGAGCACGUAGGUGGGGGACGACUGCUUGAGCACAUCAGACGUGGCAUGCAGGUGGAGGAGGUCCGGAGGGUUUUCAGGCAGAUCGUGUGUGCCGUGGGCUACUGCCAUGACAAGGGCAUCGUGCACCGAGACCUGAAGCCAGAGAACAUCAUGCUGGAUACCAGAGGCAAUGUCAAGCUGAUCGACUUUGGUGCGGCCACGUGGUUCAGGGCUGGGGAGAAGCUUAGGCGGUUCUGGGGCACACUACCAUACCUUGCCCCUGAAAGUGUCUUGCGGCAAGAGUAUGAGGGACCCCCGGUGGACGUCUGGAGCCUGGGGGUCAUCUUGUAUUUUAUGUUGACACAGAGCCUCCCAUUUGACUCCACCUCCUCUGAGGACCUGCUGAUGCGGAUCACUCACACAAGGUACAAUGUCCCUGACUCAGUGCCUGUCACAGCCCAAAGGCUCAUCCACAGCAUACUGACUGUGAAGCCCCCCAAGCGGCCCACAGUCAAGCAAAUCUCUCGGCACCCAUGGCUGAAGCAGGAUGGGGAGUGUGUACCCCAACAGCAUAGUGAGGCUCUUCCCAAACACCCAGACCCCCAAAUAAUGGCGCUCCUGGUUGACAAUGGUCUCGAUCCAUACCAAACCUGGGUAUCUCUGGCCAAGAGAAAGUUUGAUGCAAGGAUGGCCAACUACUUGAUUCUGCAGCACCAGAAAAGCCAGGGGGUAGAGUGCAUGUUCCCAGGGAAGCCUGUGCCUCGCAGGGUUAGGCUUUCCUCUUGUCCUGCUGGUCUUUCCCGUGGCCCUGUGCUCCCAAGGAGGAGCACGAGUGAGCCUGCACUUCAAGCCUUGCCCUUGUCCCAUAAGCACCAGCUGCCUGAGGCAGCCAAACAGCCAGGGCAGGUGGGCAUCAGAAGGGCCAGCCUGCCUGCUCUUCCUCUCAAAUUCCAGCCUGCUGAGGCCCCGCCUCCUGACGAAGCCUCCCAGUCUCACUCGGUGUCCUACUUGCCCAACCGCUGGAAGCGCCUGCUCAGGUUAGUAGAGACAGUCAGCAUCAGUUCCUUCCUAGAUGAAUCGCCAGAGCAACCCCGAGAACCCAGGAAGAGCUGGACUAGGAGGAUCGCUAACUGUGUCCAAAGACUGUGCUGUUGCAUGCCACGUGUCCACAAUAGAGUGUUUCCAAGGGUUCUCAGGAGAAGUGAGCCAGAGCCGGAUCAGUAG